GGCAUGGUCUCCACCUACCGGGUGGCCGUGCUGGGGGCUCGAGGCGUGGGCAAGAGUGCCAUCGUGCGCCAGUUCCUGUACAACGAGUUCAGCGAGGUCUGCGUGCCCACCACCGCCCGCCGCCUCUACUUGCCUGCUGUCGUCAUGAACGGCCACGUGCACGACCUCCAGAUCCUGGACUUCCCGCCCAUCAGCGCCUUCCCGGUCAACACGCUGCAGGAGUGGGCCGAUGCCUGCUGCAGGGGACUCCGGAGCGUCCACGCCUACAUCCUGGUCUACGACAUCUGCUGCUUUGACAGUUUUGAAUACGUCAAGACCAUCCGCCAGCAGAUCCUAGAGACGAGGGUGAUUGGCACCUCCGAGACGCCCAUCAUCAUCGUGGGGAACAAGCGGGACCUCCAGCGUGGACGCGUGAUCCCGCGCUGGAACGUGUCUCACCUGGUGCGCAAGACCUGGAAGUGUGGCUACGUGGAGUGCUCGGCCAAGUACAAUUGGCACAUCCUGCUGCUGUUCAGCGAGCUGCUCAAGAGCGUCGGCUGCGCCCGCUGCAAACACGUGCACGCCGCCCUGCGCUUUCAGGGCGCGCUGCGCCGCAACCGCUGCGCCAUCAUGUGACGCGCGCGUCCCGCCUGCCCCAAGGCUGUCCUCGGGCUGUGGCCUGCACAGCCUGGGUCGCCUCCGGAUGGCGCUGCGGGGCUUGAGCUACGAGUGGCGGGAAGAGAACUCUCAAGUGCCGGGCCUGAAAUGCCCCCGUAGCCACGCGUCUCCCCGUGGGAGGCAGAGGGCAGAGAGGGAGCCACCCCGUAACUGCCCGGUCCUCCCCUCUCCCGCAUCUGUCUUCCUGGGACCGGGUCCUUCAGGGCUGUACUUAGUGCAGUACCCAGCCCGGCCCCUAGGGGCACCACAGCCUUUUGGAACUGGGGUGCGCGCCGGAAAUGGAGGGUGGGGGUGGGGGUGGGGAGGUGUUGCCUUAGUUGGCCCCCACCCAUGUUCUCCGAGAGCGUGUCUGUCAUUUCCCCGUGUAUUCCUUCCCUGUGUCCAUCUGUCUGCCCAAGUGUCUCUUGGUCCUUCCCGGUCUUAUCUACCCCUUGGUUCCCCGCCCCGCCCCCAGCUCCGUUCACAGGGCUCGCAUUUCAUCCACCCCCUUGUUGCAGAUCCUGGCGGCUUCUCUGUGAGGUCCACCUUGUCACCUGUCGGCGCCACCGACACAGGACAGAGAGAUGCGGGUGGCCUGACGACCGACAGCAAUUGGGUCUGAGGGUUGAGGUCCCAGAUCAGUCAGGGGGAGAAAACUGAGUUGUACCCCCCCAGGGAGACCUCCCCACCUAGCAGCCCCCAGAGACACAAAAACCUACCUUCCAGCCUUAACUCGAUGGUCCGUCCCUGCCGGGUGCCCCUCACCCCUUUCCUGACCCCAA